GACUCCAGUGUUCGCUACACCAUGAGAAUCACAGCCUCCAAAUGUCUCUUCUUCGACGAGUCGUCAAGUCUUUGGACCGACAGGGGAUGUGAGGUUGGUCCCCAGACGACAGACGAGCAGCUCCACUGUAUCUGUGACCACCUGACAGCCUUUGCUGGUUUUGUUGCGCCCAACCCGCUGGACUUGGGCAGUUCCUUCACCUUUGACCUGGACAGAAGUCUGAUAGCCCUGGUGACCGUGUGCGUCGUCAUGGCCUUGUACAUCUUGGCUGUCUUCAUUGGGAGAAGCUUGGAUGUUGAUGAUAAACGAAAGCGUGAAUACAGACGUCAGCGUAAGAGAGAGAACAGGGUCCAACAACAUAGUGUAUACAAGAAUGUACCCCAGUCUACAACGGGAAGAAGUUUUUUAUCAGAACACCUGUGGAUAUCUGCUGUGAACCCCCCAUCCAACCACUUCACCCGUGUGCAGAGGAUAUCCUGUUGUCUGUCCCUCCUCAUGUCCUUCAUGUUAGUCAACAUCAUGUUCUACCGGGGAGACAGGAACUUCGUACCCAGGGUUACCGGAGGGAGGGUCCAGUUAGAACAACUGUUCAGCUGGGACACGUUCAUCAUCGGCCUGGAGAGUUCCCUGAUCGCCUUACCAAUCAACGUCAUCGUCGUGGUGCUUUUCCGUUACGCCGGGCCACGUCACGACACGUCAUCGUCAGCAAAUGGGCUCAACCGGAAGGGCAAGGAAAACUUAGAAAAGUUUAAAAAAGAAGGAGCCCUGAAGAAAUCCGAGGACAGACACGGCAUAGAGAAACAUGGCGCGAAGGUUGCCGUGAGUGAGAAACCGUAUCGCCCAUUGUCCUGGUGGAGCGUUAUCGUAGCCUGGUUCCUGGUUCCUGCCAUAGUUAUAGUAUCCGGUGCCUUUACUGUCCUGUACGGUAAUGAUUACGGCAGGGCCAAGUCUCAAGCCUGGCUCUUCGCCUUCCUCAUCUCCUUCCUGACUGACUUCAUCCUCCUCCAACCGGUCAAGAUCAUUCUGGUCAUCAUCUUCUUCAAGCUGGUUACCAAGCGCACACAAGACAGGGAGGCGUCUCAGCGAUCCGGCACCGGAAGUGACGUCUACUACUCCUAUCCCAUGGAACCCUUGCCCGUGCCUCCGCCUCCGGUCCAACCUAGCGGCCAUUACCAGGAGCUGAGGCCAGCGGUGUACCAGAGUCUACAAAGACACCAGCGUACAGUACCCCAACCCCUGAACUCCACUAGAGAUAGAAGCGCCUUCACUAUCUCGCAUAAUUUUUUUACGUAGAUGCUAAAAGACAAUGGUGUCAACAGACAGUAAUGUUACCCUAUCGCUUCAGGAUGAUAACAUAUAGUAGCCUUAGGAAGAAUGGUCAACGUUUAUAUCAUUAUGUAUUGUGUUAAUCUACAUCAAUAGAUUUUACGUAUAAGCAGCUAUUGUGCGUACAAAUGUAUAUUAUCCAUAAUACAUGACGAAAUCAUGCCUAUUUUAGACAAAAAACAGAUUAACGUAUUUCUCCCUCUUUUUUUUUGCUCUCUCUAUCUAUCCCACUCUCUAUCAAACACACACGAAAUGACAAUCAU